UCUCUCUCUCUCUCUCCCGCGCCUAUUUAAACUCUCCUCUCUCUCUCUCUCUAAAUCCCCUCGCAAUGCUCUCCUCUCCCUCUCUCCCUCGCCACCGCGCCCAUGCCCUAAACCCUUCCUCCCACCGCCGCCACGCAAACCCUAACCCUAACCUUAAACCCUUCCCUCCGCUCCGCAUCCCCUCCUCGACCACUCCUCGGAGGCUCCGCGCUCGCGCCGAUCGGAUCGGGGCUCCGAGGCGAUCCCCGGUUUCCGGAUCGGAGACGGCGAGGGGGAGCAACGUGGAUGCGACGGAGGUGAGCGACCGGGACAUGGAUCGGAUGCUCGAGGUGGCGAACAGGGCGGCGGAUGUCGCCGGGGAGGUUCUCCGCAAGUACUUUCGCCAGAGGUUCGACAUCAUCGACAAGGAGGAUCUCAGUCCUGUGACUAUUGCGGAUCGGGAGGCGGAGGAGUCGAUGGUGUCUAUCAUACUGGAGAGCUUCCCUUCUCAUGCUGUUUUUGGGGAGGAGAAUGGUUGGAGGUGUAAGGAGGAUUCUGCUGAUUAUGUAUGGGUUUUGGAUCCAAUUGAUGGGACUAAAAGCUUCAUUACCGGAAAACCCUUAUUUGGUACUCUUAUUGCUCUUCUCUACAAGGGAGAACCGAUUGUCGGCAUUAUUGAUCAGCCAGUAUUAAGAGAAAGAUGGGUUGGGGUUAGAGGCAGGAGAACGAUUUUGAAUGGACGAGAAAUUUCAACUCGCCCGUGUAGCAUUCUUUCACAAGCUUACUUGUACACAACAAGUCCACACCUUUUCAGUGGAGAUGCUGAGGAAGCAUUUAUUCGUGUGAGAAAUAAGGUGAAAGUCCCAUUAUAUGGUUGCGAUUGCUACGCCUAUGCUCUUUUGGCUUCUGGUUUUGUGGAUCUUGUUAUCGAAUCCGGCUUGAAGCCCUAUGAUUUCCUAUCGUUGGUGCCGGUGAUAGAAGGCGCCGGUGGCAAAAUAACUGAUUGGAAAGGAAAUAAGCUCCAUUGGGAGGCCUCUCCUCAAUCACACCCCACAAGUUUUAAUGUGGUGGCGGCGGGAGAUGCCCUGGUCCAUAAACAGGCUUUGGAUGCACUUCAGUGGCCCUAAUAAUUGUAACACCAUUAAUUAUCUAAUAAAUUUCCGAGUUGAAGGUAGACGUAAUAAGCCAUAAGUGUUGAACUAACCUCUUGUAUCUAUUGUAUCUGUAAUAGCCCACAUGAUGUACUACGGUUUUUUAGUCAAUAAAAGUAGUAGUUUACUCUAA